GCCCCGGUCCGGGAAGUGCUCUGGCAACUCAGGCUUCUAGAACACUCACUGUGUGUCUCAGCACCCGCAGGUCCCGGCGGUUCCCACCGUUUGCUACUUGGAGACAGUGAUUCAAAGCAUCAUGACUUUGAACUCUUCCCCCUUUUUGGCAAAGGUGCUUGGCAGGAUGGACAAGACCUGUGAAAUGAAAUACACAAUGUUGGACAGCCCUUUGGGGAAAAUCGAGAUAUCAGGUUGUGAACAAGGUCUGCAUGGGAUAAGGCUUCCUGGUGAGAAGGCGCCCGGAGCUGGCACCAUGAGUGCCCCAGCCCUUCCUGAGGCUCUCCGCAGCCUGGAGGGAGUGCCAGAGCCCCUCAUGCAGUGCGCAGCCUGGCUGGACGCCUACUUCCAGGAUCCCACAGCCACCAAGGAGCUCCCCUUGCCAGCUCUUCACCAUCCUGUCUUCCAGCAAGAUUCGUUCACCAGACAGGUGUUAUGGAAGCUGCUGAAGGCUGUGAAAUUCGGAGAAACGGUGUCUUACCAGCAGUUAGCAGCCCUGGCAGGAAACCCCAGAGCAGCGCGGGCAGUGGGAGGAGCGAUGAGAAGCAAUCCUGUCCCCAUCCUCAUCCCAUGCCAUCGAGUGGUCUGCAGCAGCGGAGCCCUGGGCAACUACUCCGGAGGAGGACGGGCCGUGAAGGAAUGGCUUCUGGCCCACGAAGGCAACAGGGCAGCGAAGCCAACCUGGGGAGGGCGCUCCGGCCCAGCCAGGGCUUGGGGGGGGGCGGUGGAGGGCUCUGCCGGCUCCCAGAGUGCCGGCCGGAAUUGAGCGCAGUAGGAAUGUGCCCUCCAGUGCCGUGUAGGGUGACUCUGCAUUGGAAGAGCAGGGGACCCCGCUGCAUGGGCGUCGGGGGGGUCACAGCCGUCUGCCUCUCAUGUCUACAUUUUACAGCAGAGUAAACUUGGAGCUCAGCCAUG